GUGUCCUACAUCUUGGGUGGGCAAUACCGCUGAUACUGCUUCUGCUGCUUGUGCUUGCAUUUCUGACGUGAACCUGCUGGUGAGGCCGACUCGAAGUUGCCUGUCUGCGAAAUAUGUGUUCUUCUAACCGCUCGAACCUCUCCGGAAUGUAAGCUGUUUUUCACCGAACCGCUCGUGGCAAUGUCCCGUCAGCCGUUCUCCCUCUCCGAACGUCGUGACUGUACCUCGUUGUGACCCCUUUGCCGUGUGAUGUGUGGAUGGACGGUGUUUUCGUCGAGGUUACGCGUCUCCCUAAGCCUAGCCCAUGCUCCGAUCCAUCUCUACGGCCUCAUGAGCGUUGAUUCCUGCUCGAGAAAGCCCUAGGGGAUCGCCGAUUGGGAGACGAAGCUCGAGAGCAUCGGCCGCGCAGCCGCCGACCCAUGGUAGGAGAGACCGCUUACUCCAAAGUUUCUACCGCACUGCCGUCCGGCGUACCCGCCUUCGUGGAGGGCCGCCGCAAAGGUAACAUGCCUCAAGUCGUCAAGAAAUGGCAAGUCUUCCCAGGAAGAAACAAGUUCUACUGCGAUGGCAGGCUCAUGAUGGCGCGACAGACGGGUGUGUUCUACGUCACCGUCGUGCUGAUCGUCGGAACGUGCACUCUAUUUUUUGUGUGCGACUGCCCUUACCUGACUCGUGAGAUCAGCCCAGCAAUCCCAGCAGUGGCAGCAGUCUUGUUCCUCUUUGUGAUGUCUGCGCUGUUUAGGACUAGCUUCAGUGACCCUGGAGUCAUUCCUAGGGCCAGUGCUGAAGAAGCGGCAGACAUAGAAAAACAAAUAGAGGUGCCAAAUGGGUCAAGUUCCCCGACGUUCCGGCCGCCUCCCCGUACCAAAGAAGUGGUCGUGAGCGGCCAGACAGUGAAGCUCAAAUAUUGCUUUACGUGCAAGAUAUUUCGGCCUCCGAGGGCUUCGCAUUGCAGUCUCUGUGACAAUUGUGUUGAGAGGUUUGACCACCACUGCCCUUGGGUGGGCAACUGUGUAGGAAAAAGAAACUAUCGGUACUUUUACAUAUUCAUCAUUUCACUCGCUUUCCUGUGUGUCUUCGUAUUUUCCUGUGUCAUCACGCACAUUGUUUAUGUUGCCCGUGAACAUGAGUCAUACCUAGAGGCUGUGAAGGAAUCCCCUGCGAGUGUGGUUGAAGGAGUGGUAUGCUUCUUCUCUGUAUGGUCCAUCAUGGGUCUGGCGGGUUUCCACACCUACCUCACUACUUCCAACCAGACUACCAACGAAGAUAUCAAAGGCUCUUUCUCAUCAAGAAGAGGGCAAGAUGUGUACAAUCCAUACAGCAAGGGCUCCUUCAUAAGCAACUGCAUAUCGGUGCUGUGCAGCCCUGCACCGCCAAGCCUGAUUGAUCGGCGAGGUGUGGUGAUCGCGGAUAGCGGGCCGGUGUUGAGGGAGAGCUACGGCACUGUUAAAGCAUUUCAUCUAUCGCGGAAUGGUCUUCAGCUCAAUGCUAACACUGCAAGUGGGGCUGUUGGCCCGACCCCCAUGAUUGACAUGAAGACCAGCCAUGUGCCAUACACUGGGCCUCCCCUGCACACGGGGCGAGCCACGCUACCCCAAGCAGCCAAUGGCUCCUACCCGCGGGACGUACUCUAUCAAAACUCUGGCAGCCAUGGGAGGGGCCACAUACCUGUGGCCGUAGUGCCUCCGCAGUCGCGCCACCCAUCCGAGCCAAGUUCGAUCACCAAGGGUCUACUCCCAGACAGCAUCGACCACGAGUUUGGGGUAGACGCUGGUAGUCAGCUCUCGCUCCUCAAGCAAAGUUCGGUGUGACCGCGCCAGGCAUGCACACGUAGUCUCACAGAAAACAGGAGAGGCCUCCUCGCCAGAGAGUGCCGCCUCUUGCCAACGCCUCGGGCCACCGCACAGUUGUCUGUUCUUACCUCCUGCACGGCCGACAAGGGCGUGGCAGCGGAACAGAGAACAAACAGCUUGUUUACUUGUGAUUCUCCACCCCUGAGCCAAACCAAGAGCUGCAAUGUAUCGUGGCAUGCAAAGUUUGGGGCUAGCCACGAUAAGGCCAGAACGAAAACAUAACUGCUCACAAUUUUUUCCUCAUUGCCAUCGGCAGAACUUGGUGAUCGCAGUAUCCCAUUCAUUUUGUAUGGCGUAAUUGACUUAAACGGUUUUACAUUCGCUGAAGAUGGCUACGGAAUGCAUCGGCAGGACAACGUCAAAGGUACUGCUUACGUCUGUCAUGUGCAUAUCUUAUGCCAGUUAUUGUAGGUCCUGCUCUGCCAUGUAUUGUGGGUGCUCGUGUGACAACUGGGAGACUUAUCUGGUUUGUUAGCUUAUGGAAAUGCCUUUGCUAUCUCUUGACGUGAACAGAGCUUGCUGUUUGUAGUUUUUCGCGAAUCAGACAUCUGAUACAGUUUGCCUCCUAAUUGGCAUGGGAACAGCUUUGAUCUAUAAGCAUGCCAUGUUUAUUAUUAUUGUUAUUAUUAAUAUGCAAUUAGUGCAAUCACUUGCCUGGCUUACAACUCACCCAUGUGCACCUCAGCAGUGUGUUUGUGUCCAAUCCAUCCCUUACGUUCUUGAUUAAGCAAUGCGUGUCAUAUUUUAGCAAGGUUUGAACUGUCAGGUUAAUCUUUGUGAAAUGUGUUUCCCAUUUGCUUUGCUUCGUGGAUCCAGAUAAUGGUUGUAGCAAUCAUUUUAAUGCCAUAUGGUGCUUUCCGGGUUGGGUGGCUUCGUUAGCUGCUCCAUGGAAAAAACAUUUUUUUAUCAGGCUAAGCAAUACCCGUGGGUCUUGACUGGAAGGUGUCGGAGUAUAUCCUUUGCAGUUCGCAGGCUUCAGCGUUCCAGAGUUGCAAUUGAACACACGCUGUCAGACAACCCCUAGUCACACUUCGUUUUAGCUCACUGCCAUCUUGGCAAUCGCACAACGGUCACACCUAAGGCUGCCACGAGUCUUUGAAUGUGAGCCCGCCAACCGUACCUUUAGCGAGCUCCGUCAUUAGAGCGGAGCUUUUAUUUUGUUCAGGUAUUGAGUGUGCCCUCUCUGCCAUAUUGCGUGGGUGUUGGUUUUAUAUAGCAGACUAUAUUUGGUGUGUAGUGAGUUCGCAUAAAUACUAUAUGCCCACGCUUAUCUUGUUCUUAUUUUUGCCCCAUAUCUAUGAGAAGACAUUUACUUGUAGCAUUGAACAAAGAGAAGAAAAAAAAGGCAGUCUUACCCAAUGACGCACACAUGCUCCCCAUGUUUUAGCUCACUUGUCUGUCAAGUCGCGACUUUUUUUUUUUUUUACUGAUGUUUUUGUUGGUCCUGUGUACAGUUGAACAUGUAAUGAAUUUAUUGCUGUUUCUGGUUGGCAGUACAUUUGUUGAAGUACAUGUUGUGAUGGCCACCCCUGUAGGUAAUGCACACAGAAUGUGCUCCACAAAGGAGCUGCAGGUUGCCCAUCAUGUUUAAGUGGUGCUCAGUGUGCUCUGCAGUGUGGUGAAUGAAGGCCCAUCUGCUAUUUGCUUAUUGCCAUUUUAUCGCGACUCAGAUCUGUCAGGUUUCUGCACCGUUUGCCUGGCACUGAGUCACUGAAAAACUGCAGACGUGUGUUACAGCAGAGAAGUGCUUUCUCCUGGUGCGUUUCACUUGCAUCUUGUCGCAUUGAAAAAGAACAUUGGCUGUUAUAACUCGUUCUUGACUGAGCUUGUGAUGCAUGUUUGCUUCAGGAAGUGGCAUAUUUAUUGUGUGCAAGCCACAUUGUUAUGGUUUCUGCUCGAAGACAUUCUGUACAAAUCAAGCAGCAGGUGAAGGAACUUUUGUGAAGUAAGUUAAUUUUGUUCAUCAGCGUAAACUCGGACUUCGAAUUGGUCCCGAGAUUUUUUGUAUUCAUAUUGUCUAGCAGCAUUUUUAAAGAACUGUGGUUACACCUUAGAUAGUCAGUUAUGUGAGCCUAUAAAGAUGACACCACACAUAUUGUAGGGCAGCAUUUUAACUGCUGGCAGAACACUGGUGUGUUUAACUUAUUUCAGGGCUUUGACUGGAACAUUGGUUAUCAUUCUCAUUUCACUGAUUUGCUUCAAAGUACUGUUGUGUUGCACAAAACCGUGAUUUUGGUAUUUGACAAUGGCAUAUACCGAUGCUUGUAUCAGUGUACAUAUGCAUUAUACACAUAUACAUAUAUAAAUAUACUUGAAAUGUACAUAAAUAUGCUGUGUAGAUAUUUUUGUGGAAUGUGUACAUUGGGUUUUUAAUUGUUAUGCUUUUUGCAUAUCGAUAUUGCAAUAAAUAAUUUUAUACAAGACA